AUGCCGCGAUGUGAUGGGUACUGGUGGGCACUGCAUGCUACGGCCGGUAUGCAGUGCCUGCGAUUCGAAACUGGUCGCUGCAAAAAGCAGUCACUGCACGCAAUUGAGGUUUUGGAUGAAUUCAGUGCUGCUUGGUUUUCGGACAUCAGCAGUGCGAGAAUUGAAGGGACGAACUAUCGCCAGCCUUGGCAACGAGAAUGCUUAAAUCCUCCGUCAGAUCGCUCCAGACCGUUGUCUCAGGCGGCGAAGACGAAAUGGAGUGACCGAACUGGAAAAUGUCUGGGAAGUGCCCUGAGAAAAAGGAAGCGAAUUCGAAAAAGAGGCAUUCUCGUUCGGAAAAAUCACUAUGGUAACGCUUCGGAUUCUCUGCUUCGAGAACAGACGGAUGCAUGGAGUGGACAAAACGAUUAUUAUUCGAGAAGUGCCUCAGUACACGAUGAGUUCACUUCAAACAAGCAAAUCAAUUAG